UAUGUAGGUUCCAGAGCCGUGUGCGCGGGCCCGGAGGAGGAAUCAACAUUUAGAGGAGACGGAGUAUUUUUAGCGACCAGUGAGAAGGCCAACGCCAACCAGCCACUUAGCUAACGCCUAGAAAUAAAAUUUAUCUGACUACUAACAUUAGCUGGUGGGCAGACAUGCUAGGUGUAUUUACUGUCUUUGCCAACACUGGCUAAGUCAACGUUAGCAAACAGGACAGCUCAUAAGCUAGUAGCCGCUAGUUAGCUUAUGUUAUCUAGCCAUAUAUGAGCUUAACUGUUUAUUUACGUUACUCAAAAAAGCUUAUGUUGCUCUUCCUCUUGCCGUAACUAUAUUUACGCUGGCCUAAAUCUAUUUAAGUCCCCUGCGUACAGUGUGUGCUGAAGGGUGAGUCAGGAUGGUGGACCAGCAGCAGCCGCCACAGCCUCUGUGGGAACAGAUAGGAACCAGCUUUGUGCAGCACUACUACCAGAUGUUUGACUCUGACAGAGCACAACUCGGGUCCAUAUAUAAUGAUACAUCAUGCCUUACAUGGGAAGGACAACAGUUCCAUGGAAAAAGAGCAAUUGUUGAGAAACUUGCUAGUCUCCCCUUCAUAAAAAUAGCGCAUAGUAUAACAGCGCAGGACCACCAGCCAACUCCAGACUCCUGCAUCUUGAGUAUGAUUGUAGGACAGCUAAAAGCAGAUGAUGACCCCAUCAUGGGUUUCCAUCAGAGUUUCAUCCUGAAGAACAUUAACAAUGCAUGGGUGUGCACCAAUGACAUGUUCAGGCUGGCCAUUCACAACUUUGGUUAACCCGCCCUCCCGCUCUGGUGGGCAGGGGCGGCCGUAGUGAAGGGCACCGUGUGAUGAAGUAUGGAGGGAGGGCAGGGAGGAGUUGAGGAUGGAGAGAAGAGAACACUCAUCCCUCCCUCCUGCUGUCUCAUUUUCGCCUGUUUGACAAACAAAUGGAUUCUAGAUGUCAAUCACUGAACCUCAUCCAGGUGGGUUUUCAGACCACCCCCAGCCAGUUUUUCUUUGCUGUGAGCCGGCCGACCAAUCAGAUGCCCCUGUCUGCCACUCCGCUGAUCUGCAUGAUGCUGGGAGCCCCUCCCCCUUCAUUGCGAUAUCUACACUCAAGCCACCAGAAAGACGAAACAGCUGACCAACGCCAUUAACUGAUACUCUGCUCCGCGCUCCACCCCUCUUUACUUAACGCUAACCCAUUCUUCUCUACUGUUGACUCCACUGCUGUCAACUCAGUUCUGUUAGCACUGUUGUCGACUGGUUUGUAGAUCCAUGUUCAGGUUCAGCGUCGGCUUCUCCAGCUCCGACUUCUUAUGUUGUAAGUUGCUUUUAGAUGCCGCUUGUGUGUUGCCUUAGUGUGUUAAACUGAGUUUUAUCUUCCUUUACAUGAUUCACUGAUUCAAUUAUUCUCAUGCCAAGUUUUGCUUUUGCAAACCAAUGAGUCAUGGAGGACAUAAAAUUUGACCCUGCUCUCUCUCUCUCUCUUGCUCUUUCUCAAUCUGUCUUAAUCUCUCACACACUUUUGGCAGUUAACCAUGGACUACAGCCACGAUAGACAAUAAAACCUGGACUUUUUUCUUAA